UUGCGUUUGGCCGUUAGGGUAAGCAUCCACUGCAAGAGCGACCUGGAUACUCGGCACCGUUUGCAGAGGCCAGCGUGGAAGAAGAUGGCCACGCUAGGCGUUGCUCCCGUACUUGGAGCAGCAUUGGUCAUUGCAGCAUUCGCCGCCACUGUUACAAGUGUGCGAGCCAUCGGCGUGUGCUACGGCGUGAACGGCAACAACCUCCCCUCCCGGAGCGACGUCGUGAAACUCUACAAAUCCAAUGGAAUCGGCAACAUGCGUAUCUACUUCGCCGACCAGCAGGCCUUGGACGCCCUGCGCGGCUCGGGCAUCGGCCUGGUCCUCGACGUCGGCAACAACAAGGUCGGCGACCUCGCCGCCAGCCCCUCCAACGCAGCGUCCUGGGUCCGGGACAACGUGCAGGCCUACUACCCGGACGUGAGCAUCAUGUACAUCGCCGUUGGGAACGAGCUCACCGGAACCGCUGACAUCCUCUCGGCCAUGCGGAACGUCCACGACGCCCUCGUGUCGGCCGGCCUCGCCGGAAGCAUCAGGGUGUCUACGGCGGUGAGCAUGGACACGGUCGAAAAGUCCUCGCCGCCCUCCGACGGCGUGUUCAAGGACGCCUCAGUGAUGUCGCCCAUCGUGCAGUUCCUGGCCAGCAACGGCGCGCCGCUCCUCGUCAACGUGUACCCCUACUUCGCCUACAAGGGCGACAAGGGCAUCGACCUCAACUACGCGCUGUUCCAGCCGAGCUCGACCACGGUACGUGACCCCAACGGGCUCACCUACAACAACCUCUUCGACGCGAUGGUGGACGCCGUCCACGCCGCGCUGGACAAGGCGGGCGGAGGCAACGUCAACGUCGUGGUGUCUGAGAGCGGGUGGCCCUCGGCCGACGGGAGGGGCGCCAGCGUGGACAACGCGCGGACCUACAACCAGAACCUGAUCGACCACGCGGGCAAGGGCACGCCGAGGAAGCCCGGGCCGAUGGAGGUGUACGUGUUCGCCAUGUUCAACGAGAACCUCAAGCGUGGGGACCCCACAGAGAAGAAGUUUGGGCUGUUCAAUCCAGACAAAUCUCCAGUUUAUCCUAUUAAUUUCAAGUGAAAUUAGGUAAAGCAGGGGUAUGAGCAGGAUUGCAGGAUCACUAUGCGUACUUUAAUCACCGUGGAUAAACAAAAAUCAAAUAAUUCGACGAAAAAAAAGACUUGAAUAAGCUGGAAGAAGAGCAAGAGAGACGCAAUAUUUGGUUUGGGAAUCGAUAUACUACUUCUUGAAGCACUGUUUGUGUGGUAUAUACUAGAUGUCUAGAAUAUAUUUGUUGCCGUUUGCUGUGC